AUGUGGAAAUUAGGGGGUUUUCAGCCAAAUGAUGGUAGAAACGUCAAUCCAAUGGCUUCAUAUCGUGAAGUGAUGAGUAAGGUUCAUGUGUUGCUAGUGGAUCAUGAUUCUGAUUGUUCGAUUUCUACAACAAAAAUGUUAGAGCUUUGUUCAUACAAAGUUACAUGUGUUGAACUUGCUUCAAUUGCUUUAUCACUGCUUUCAAGCAGAAAGACGCAUUUCGACAUUGUCUUGGCAAAUAUAAAUUCACCUGACUUGCAAGGAUAUAAACUUCUCCAACAGGCAGUUAACAUGGACAUACCAGUAAUUCUAAUGUCAAUUGAUGACAACGCAUUCCUUGCAAUGGGAGCUCUAGAAAAGGGAGCUUUCCUCUUUAUCAAGAAGCCAGUUACAAUGGACAUGUUGAAGUGCCUUUGGCAACAUGUAGUAAGAGAGAAAAUAAGGGUCUACAAAGAAAAGGAAAGAAUUAUAGGAAAGGCUGCGACAAAUAAUCAUACCUUUAAAGGGAUUGAAUUUAGACUAGAAGUUGAGGAGGAAAACAACUUUACUGGAGGCAACAACAUGAAGAACAAGAGAUACAAAGGGAAAAAUAAAAUAUGUGGAAGAGAAGUUUUGAUUGGGUUCAACAGCAAUAUGAAGAACAACAGAUACAAAGGGAAAAAUAAAAUAUGUGGACGAGAAGUUUUGAUUGGGUUCAACAAAGAAUGUGAAUCACAACAUCAGUUAAUCACCAGUAAGGCUAAGAGCAAAGAAUGCAUAGAGUGGACUGAAGUACUUCAUCGAAAGUUUAUUGAUGCUUUGGGACAGCUUGGUGAAGGAAGGUGUUUCCCUAAAGAUAUUCUGGAGCUAAUGGACGUGCCUGGUCUGACGAGAAUGCAAGUAUCAAGCCAUCUUCAGAAAUUCCGAAACGACACUUGGAGAGCUCCUGUAGAGAGGAAAUUUAAUCAGAAUAAUGCUCUGGAAGGAUCUACAGACUCUAACAUAUCAGGCCAAAACAAGUCUAGAAGAUUCGGGUCUAUGCCUUGCUUAAAGAAGAACAGUUUGCUAAUUAAUGACCAUAGCGAAACCCAAGAAGGUUCUGAAAUCCUUACAGAAAAUGAAAUGCCAAAUGACUGCGGACAUGGAUAUGAAAAUGUAACUGUUGAGCAUCACAAAACCCAUGAAGUUGCUGAAGUGCUUACAGAAACUGAAAUGUCAAACGAUAAACAAAUCAUGAGUUCCCACCAGCAACAUCGUGAACAGCUUUUGUCUGUUCCUAAGAAUGCCAGACCUGGUGCAAAUUCUUCAUCAAACCCUAGGUUUCCUUCUGAUGAUUUCUUUUAUUUUCAAGAUAUAGAUUGUAUGUUCUCGAAUUUUUCUGGGAUGCAACAAGGGUUUGGCAUGGACAUGAAUCAAAGCGCUUGUCAAGAAGCAUUUCAUGUUAACCGAGUUUCUUCUGAGCAGAAUUCAGCAUUACCAAGCGUGAAGACGAAGAACCAGUGGAGUUCAGAGACGUCAAACUUUCCAAGUGACUCAUCAGAAACCAGAGGCCAGGAAAAUUGA